AUGGCGUCCUGGAACUCGACCGUCAUAUUGCCUAACCACACCUAUCCCCAAAGCUACCUUGGCGUGCUCGACAAUGUCAACAAGGACAAUGUUCAGCUCAACUCCAUCGAGCGCCUCUGGGCCGCGUGGUACCUGUGGAUGCAGAACGAUAUUCUCGCGACGGGCAUCAUGACCUUUGUCAUGCACGAGGUCGUUUACUUUGGUCGCAGUCUGCCGUGGAUCAUCAUCGACGCGAUCCCCUACUUCCGCAGAUGGAAGAUUCAAAAUCAAAAGAUCCCAACCUGGAAAGAGCAAUUCGAAUGCGCCGCCCUCGUCCUCUUCAGCCACUUCACCGUCGAGCUCCCGCAAAUCUGGCUAUUUCACCCCAUCGCCACCUGGUGCGGCCUCGACUACGGCGUGCCCUUCCCGCCCUGGUGGAAGAUGGCCUACCAGAUUGCCGUCUUCUUCGUCCUUGAGGAUACAUGGCACUACUGGGUGCACCGCGGCGCCCACUGGCCCCCGCUGUACAAGGCUGUCCACAAAAUGCACCACUACUACUCAGCGCCCUUUGGCAUGACGGCCGAGUACGCAUCCCCGAUCGAGGUCAUGUUUCUGGGCCUCGGUACCGUUGGCUCACCGGUUCUCUGGGUGCUUAUCACGAAGGACUUGCACUUGUUCACGAUGUACAUGUGGAUCGUCAUGCGGCUGUUCCAGGCCAUCGACAGUCACUCGGGUUACGAUUUCCCCUGGUCCCUGAGGCACUUCCUCCCUUUCUGGGCCGGCGCAGCGCACCACGACGUCCACCACGAGAAGUUUAUCGGCAAUUACGCGUCGAGCUUUACGUGGUGGGAUUACAUCAUGGACACAGAGGCCGGAGCUGAGGCUCACCAGCGCAGGCGGGAGAAAAAGUUAGCCAAGGCUAAGAAGGCCUAG